UUUUUUUCCUUCACUCAACUCGAUAGCUUACGGAACGAGGACCGUUUCAUUAUGUCCCAUUGUGUCGGUGCUUUCAGGUUCCGGCGCCGUUUCAUUUCGGCGCGCGACGUGGCGACCCUUUGCCCUGAAAUUUCGCUCUAAUUGCAGACAAAUUAAUGUCACCGGACGAGCGCGCUCCACACCGUUGAUUGGUACGUUCGCCUCGUAUCCGGAACCAGGAAUGCGAAAAUCUACGUUCGGCUGCACCAAAAUUGUGUUUGGUUAGCGUGCAAGCGUCCAGUGACGUUUAAAUUUUGAGAGUGGAAACACGUGACGGGAUACGGGACGAAUACCAAGUGGCCAGCAAGAUAAAUUGAUUCGAUUCGAAAUGGGAAGAGAGGCGAACGGGGACCAAUUUCGUGCCCAAGAUUCUCAACCCCGACGGAGUUUCCCAAGAUUUUUCAUUUCCCUAGAAAACGGUGCGUACAUUUCUUGACUCUAAAUAACCAUACGUUUCUCUUGUUACUUUCUUUUCUUUUUUUCCAGCGAAUAAGUAUCCCACGGAGAGUUUCGAUAUCGUUUCGUAUUAAAUUCUACCAGCGAAAUCUCGCUAGAAUCUUGAAUCCAGCUGAUGGUCGUCGGUGGUUUAAGGGUCAGCGUGACGUCACAGAAUGGACCGGAGCAAGACGAUGGACGGUGUACGAUGAAUAAAUUACGAGGACAGUGACACGAAACCGGCGAGAUGAGUAGCCGAGAUAGUGGACUGGUCUAUUUUUGUACGACCAUCUCUACGCUGAUCCAGUUUUUCUAUUCCUUGGAUCCAUUGCACCGCUUAUGAUUAAUUAGCUAAUAGAAGGUAACGUUUAUUCAGCUCGCGUAGACCGCAAACGCGUGCGCAAAUUCGGUCAGCAUCUGGAUCGCGUGGCAGUUGAUAAAUUUCGGAAUUGGUCGACGAUAAACAUACACGUCACCCCGAAGUCCCGUAUAUUCUAUAAUACGUGUUCUCCGUUGCGUUGCAUUAGUUCAUUUCAAUCGCGACGAAAUCAAAUUACGAGCAACGAAUUGCGAUUGAAACUGUGCGCUACGUCCGGCAAACACCCCGGCGAGUUAAUCACGUACACACGAUAAAUUUACAGUCAAUGGAAAGCAUCGGGCGCAAAUUUCACAUUUCACCUUUAACCUUCGGAAGUUGGUCAAUGGAUCCAUUCGAAUAGCCUAAAAUUACGUAUUUAAAUUGAAAAUUUUAUACAUAUUUCUAAAUGAUACAAAUUUCGAAGGAGUCUCUAGGGUAAAUAAGGACUGAUAGGACAGCGAGGAGAAGAGAAAUGAAUAGAAAAUUUAUUUUCUCUGAUUCGUAGAAAAUAACAAGUUUCCUCAGCGAUGUCCAAGAAGAACGCGAGAGUCACCGGCCAGAUUUCAGCCGGUGUUUAUCCCAUAAUUCGUGUCUCGAGCCUUCAUCCUUCUCCCGGCAACAGCGGUCGUUUCCUCUUGCACUAAAUCACAGACGACGUAGCCAGCAGCGAGCAAGUGACCCAGAAAUUAAAGUAUUCCAUCCGGUGCACCGUCUUCGCGAUCGCUUUAUUUCGCUUAUUAAAAACGAAAGCUCAGCGAGAUUGCCUGCGAGAGAUUCUGUUUCUCGUUUCACGUCAACCGAACGUGUUUCCGUCUCCAGGCUCGUUCAGUGGAACUUUACCGGACAUUACGAGCCGGAUAUUCCUUCCGGUCGGUCUCGGCCAAGCUCACCCAGGCUACGCGUUAAAUCAUUGUUAACGCGCUUGUCACCACUGACCUCGAAAGUUAUGGCGCUCGAUGCACAGAUGGGAGUGCUGCUUUGUUGCAAUAUACAGCGAGUUGCAAAAUUGUUUAGAAUAUAUAGGGGGUUACAAAAUUAGUUUCACAGAGGGUGAAUUGGUCAUUGGGGGGUUAGGAAAAUUUCCGGUGGUCUGGUAGGGAUUUGAGGGGUGCAAUUAAUUAAAAUUCCCUAUGUCAGUAAUCUUCUAUCGGUAAUUUCGUAAAAUAAAUUUUAAUUAGCCUAGGCUGUGUUUGCAUCUUUGUACUCAGGGUUAAGGGUUGAGGAUUAAGUCCAAGUUUGCCUCUGGUUAGGUGGUAUAUUUCUAUCGGGAAGGUAUCAUGCCUGUCCAGUUGCUAAUUGAGAGGGUACGAUUACUUAUGCGACCUCUUGUACGUGAUCUCCUGUAUGCCCGUAGCGGUAUCAACGUGUGCAGCAAGCUAACGUAUCCUGGGCGAACGAAGCGGCACCAGAAAUCGAUCCUGUCUAAGAUACUUCGAGACAGAUACGUUCCUAGGCUGAUUCAACGUACUUUGAGAAAGUUUUCCUCUUGGGCAGACGAUGUCGGGAACGGGAAGGAAAAGUGUCGUUGCCGUUGAGAGAACGUUACGAGACUCUUAUCUGGACGAACGUUUCCAGUUGGCACGAUAGCUCUUCGCCCAACUUUCUUCCCGUACCCAAGGCCCAGAGACGCAUAAUAAUUUACCGGUUAUUCAUAUUCAUAAACGGGCCAUGCAUAUUCACAAUAAAUUUCCCUGCGGUACCGGUCGGGCGGAAAGUGUAAAUUAUUUCCUUGGCAAAUUGAAAAGCUGCUGCUUGGCAGCGCUGCGUACAGAUAGAGAGAAUCACUAUUCGUCGUCGCGACGCGGAAACCGUCGAUUUUCGAGCGUUCAGAUACUUGACCUGAUGAUGGUGCAUUUGUCGCGUCGUUGAAGGUACUCCUUUUCGAGAGUACUCUCUUGCUCGUGAGACGGUUUCAGGCGGUUUCUCUAUAGACUUGCGUUUUCAAAUACAUCAAGUUAUUUGUAGGUAGAUAUACAGUAGGCGCUUGAUAAUUCCCCAUUAGAAAGGAAGUUCGUCCACAGGAAAUAGCUAAACAAUUCAAGAAUCAAACCAUCCUCCAUAAACCCAAGAAGUUGAUCUUCCAUUGUGCUUUUUCACUCCCAUUUCCAAUUUCCUUUUUUCCCCCCAUCACCUUUCCUCUCCUCUCUCAACACAGUCAACGAUCAAAAGUAUCUCGUCUCCAAUUCAACCGAACUUUUCUUUAGAUAUACAGGUGAGAUCGUUGGUCUCCGAGAUCCAAUAAAUCCCUGGUUCUUCCACCCUCGGGUGAACCCCUUUGUCUCCCUUUCGCUCCCACCUUAUUUGCACCUCUUUCUCCCUCCAUCGAAUACGAUUAUACUCGUUCCGGCGUCUUCUUUCCUGUUCUUUUCAUCCACCUUUUUAUUCCCGCUGUUAAAGUUCGUCUACACGAACACGGUGACACUAGGAUUUUUCUUUCGUAUUGAAAGAGAAAUACAACCCUCGAAAGUAGCGGAAAAUCUAUCGAUAGAAAACAGACAAAAGUAAGAGUGAAUUGUAGCGGAAAGGACUGGAAUUCUAAUGGAAGGAAAACAGAAAAAAAUAAAAUGACACACCGUGUGGAGAUAAAUAGAAGAGGGUGAAAAAUAAAAAUAAAUUAUAAAAUAAAAAGUGGAUGAAAACAGACAGAUUGGCUUGGGUAGAAACAAAAUGGAAAGGGAUGAAAAAAGGGUAAAGGGUGAAAGAAAGCAGAGAAAGACGUACGAAGUAAAGGGUGAAUAAAAAGAGACGGAUACACGGGGGUUGAAAACGAGACGGAGAGGGAUGGAAAGCGUUUCGCGUCGAGAGCGAGCGGGUCGAUGGUGGGGGAAGGGGAGAAUCAGCGCACAGCUACACCCCAUCGUGACGGUCGCGCCAGUCAGUCGUCCGCGCACCUUCGUUCGGUGAAGAUCGUCGUUUUCGUUUGUGAAUUUUCGUUUGCCUUGCGAGUGGCAGAUCAUCGACCGUCAUUCUUUGAUCAACUGACCUCUGGUUAGUGGUGACGUCAACGUUGUGCCAUCAACCCCAUCGCCAACCACCCUGUCAACCCACUGUCAACCCUUAACAAUCUGUCUCUACAAACUGAAGAAAGCUGAGCAACCACAAAAAACAAUUAGGGUGGGCGAAGAAAGUCCAGAACGAGCAGGGACUGAUUGAAUAAUCGUGGAAACUUAAAAAGGAAUUCUGGGUCAAGGUUUGAAGAAAAUUAGUCGUCAGAACGAUGUGAGAGGAAUAUAUGGGUGAACACCAAACGGGCAAAGAAGAUUCGACGAAAUCACGAACACGUGGCGGGACGUGAAGCGGGCGUUGAGCCUGCUAUGCGUAAAGAAAUUCGCCGGCAGCGGAACAAUGCUGGAAGCACCGCCCGGAAGUCGCGAGGACCUCGUGGAGGCGGCAAGAACACCAUGCACACCCACAGAUCUGGACACGAUGUUAUAUGGAUACACGAACAACAUAUACGUGCUGGACCACACACCUGAAUCCCUGCCGGAUAUGGACAUGCUGCAACUGUUCGCAUCGCCGGCAGGUCGAGCACUAUUCACAAAUGACAAUCGCCGGAGAGGAUCGACGUCGACCUCCUCCUUGUCUCGAGAGUCCUCUUCGAGGUUGAAGAGAGGCAGAAGACCAUCGGGCACAGGUACAGUUAGCGCACCAACCACACCGCCCAGGCAACGUAAAUCGAGUGCGGAACUCUACAAAGAAGCUGUCGAAAUACUUGGUCUUACCUGCUCCUUGACUGAUAGCUGCCGAUGCAUCGAUUGCCAGAGCAAUUACUUCGACUGUGACGACGAUUUUGGCGACGCCAGAACGGAAUUGGCUGCGGGAACACCGAUUCUACUGGACCACGCUCUGUCGCAUCCAUUGACGUGUUCCAUACAGUAGCAGCCGAGCAACCUGUUUGAAAAUCGACCUUCCGUUAGUUUGCUGUGCUAUCUUACCAACCGGAAAUCAUCGAAUUAUCGAAGUUUCGUCGAGAACACUGGACUAGGAACGAAGCGUAGACGUUCAACGCGUACACUUUGAUCUGGAGAAACGAUCGAGCGAAGAUCAAUGAAUCGAAGAAGAAUUUAAUGAACACCAUUGGCUCUUUAAUUAAGCUCAUUGAUUAAUCAGCGAUUGUGGAGAUGUUUCCUUUGAAACAAGUAUCAACAAAAAGACUUGGAUUACAAAAUCUUUCUUUCAAUCUUAAUUGCAGCUUUCGACCAAACGAGAGAGAAAAAUACUCAAUUUUUAAAUAUGGUUGUUGAAAAAAUUCAUAUUUCAUUGAAUUUUUAUAUAAUUUUAACGAAAUUCCUAUGUGAUAUUAAUAACAUAUUGUACAACAUUUAUUGCCAAUGAAAUUCAAAAUGAGCUUGAAAACCUUUUGUGGGAAAAAUAAAACAAAAUUGGUGGAUACAGAGUGGAGACACUCAAAGGGCUAAAUUAUAUUUAAUUAAUAGGGUUCAUGGAACAAUUAUCUCGCUAAUACAAAUACAUAUAAAAUUUCACAGAAAGCUACAAAAUAACAGCUAUUGAUCUUGGACGUCUGGUGUAAUUCAUUCUGUCAUUGUUCUCUGGAAAAGAACAGUUCUAGCGACGUUAACUCUACAGAUAUAUAAUUUACGGACAAUAUUUAACAAAAUAAGUCGCAAUCAUUCUCCCUUUUUCUUUUUAUAAGACACAAAAUGCAGGCUUACGAAACUUAGAAUAUAAACUCUGUCUGAAUGUGCAAAAGUUUGUAAUCGCAACUGCGUGACUUUGGAUAUUAAAAAAAAAAGAGAGAUGUUACAAAAUUGCUGCUCACAAAUUUCACGUUUUUAUUAAACAUAUUUCGUACGUGUCGUUGUUGUCGAUAACAAAUGCCGAGGAAAACGGUACACACAGAGAGGAAAUUCUAGGUUCAUACUGAAAAAAUAAAUAAAUAAAUAAA